UCUCCAUAGGCUAAUUAAAUUCUUCCUCCAUAGGGUUGCAUUCCGAACACCUGAACGCAGCUGCUUCACUCCCUGAAGUCUCCUUUCCUCUUUGUUACACAGUGUAACGAAACCCUUGCACAUUUUGAGGCUGUUUGCAGACCCUUCACCACGCAUCCUCCUAGCCCCCUUCUGGAAUUGUGAUUCAACAUAAUUAGUAAUCCUCUUCAAACCGAGCAUGUUAAGAAUAACGAUCCCGUGUUUUGCUUACCACAGUGCUCUGAGAUCCCUAGAUGAAUGGGUAGCGCUAGACGCUAGAGUCGUUAUUCUUGCUAUGAUUAUUAUCUUUCCUCUUAGUGCAACAAUAUAUAAUGGCUUCAUUUGAGUCAGGGACUAUUAGGGCUAUCUGAUCCAACUCGUUUACCAUCACCCAUUUCCACUGCACAUGUUUUUUUGACCUCACACCCAAGUCAGCUUUUCUUGAAUCUCCAGCCUGAAAAAUAAACAUCUAUUCUGUCCACGGAUAACCCCUGUGGUGUCAGGAAGGGCCAGUCUGGAUAACGCUGGCUCAGCUAGCCCUACCCCGGGCUGCCGUUUUAGUUUCCGCUUUCUCCUUCGAUUAAAAACAAAAUUAGAAAAACCCCCUAAAAGUUAGUUCCUGCCAAGUUCUCACGCAGUGCCUAAUACUGAAGGUUGGAUUUCAGGACACUCGUUUCGCUCUAGCACCGAAGGCUUACAGAACAACAACAACAAAAAGAGGGUCUGAUGCCCCCAUCCCCAGUGAAUCCUCCCAGGGUAAAUUAAUCCCUGGAGCUGGGGUGCAGUGACCCGGAUAAAAGGGGUUGGGGCGGAGGGAGAGAGGAAAGUGAAUCAGGACGCAGGACGCUGAGCCACGGGACGGGUCCGUACACCUUUCCCCGGCUGGAGAGCCGGAGGGCCGGCCUGCUCGGCAGCCAACCCGCCCCGGGCCCGAGGCCACUCCUCCCCUUCCCUUUAUCUGCUUAAGGCGAAGCAUCUGCUCUCCGGGGUUUCACAGUGGAAAGAUGACUGUCUAGAGUUAUCAGAGUGAGAAACAAAGCCAGCCCCCGAGGGCGGGGGCAAGGGGCCGGGCCAGGGUGGUGAGGGUGAACGCACGUGUUAGGGAGGAAAGCAGAGAGCGAGAGAAGUCCGCGCUAGGCACUGAUCUCCCUCCCGGCCGGCCUUUCCUCCGCGAGGAGUCCCCACAGGGCGAGCACAGCCGGAGGAGUGGGGCCCCGACCUGCCGCUGCCUAUCGCUUCUUCCCUGCCGGACGCUCCUUUCGAUGCGGGCCAGCCCCGGGACGGCCCAGGAGGAGGGGACUCGAGCCUUCGCCCGCGCAUAGGGGCGCUGCUGCUGCUGACCCCGGCUCGCUCGGCUCGGAGGCGGGCUAAGCUCGGCCGGUCCGGCCAGAGGGAGGCACCACAGCCCAAGCCAGCCCUCGGCGUGGGACGCAGCGAUCCCGCGCGCUGCUAGGCGCCAGGGAGCUGCGGACUCACGGGCCCGAGGUAGCGGCGGACUCGGGGGCUCGGAGCGCGGCGCCAGCCCCGCAGCCUGAGAGAGCGAGCGAGUGAGCGGUGCGUGGCGCGCACGUGGGGAGCCCUGGAGCGGGCAGCCUCGCGUUCUGCCAUGGGGGGCUCGCUCCGAGCCCUGCCCGGGCUCCUGCUGCUGCUGCUGGCCGCGGCCGGGGUCUCUGGGCUCGCCUUCACCGAGGACGUGCUGACCCUUUUCGGGGGGAACCGGAGCCUGUCCGCGGCUCAAGUGGGUCAUCUGCUGGAUCACAUGGGCGCUGCGACCCGGCCGACAGCCGACCAGCUGCAGCACUUGAACUUGCACUAUAACCAGUGUUUGUCUGCUGAAGAGAUCUUUUCCAUUUACGGACUCUCCAAUGACACAAGGGUCAACAGUUCUAACUUCUCCACGAUAUGUCCAGCCAUCUUACAGCAGUUGCCGUUCCACCCUUGUGAUCACCGUCUAAAAUACAAAUCCAGACCAUCGCCUGCAGAAAUGUGGGGAUAUGGAUUUCUUUCGGUGACUAUCAUUAACAUGGCAUCUCUCCUGGGACUGGUUUUGACUCCAUUGCUAAAGAAGCCAUAUUUUCCCAAGAUUUUGACUUAUUUUGUGGGACUGGCCAUUGGGACUCUCUUUUCAAAUGCAAUUUUCCAGCUUAUUCCAGAGGCAUUUGGAUUUGAUCCCAAAGUUAAUAACUAUGUUGAAAAAGCAGCUGCCGUGUUUGGUGGAUUCUAUAUUCUCUUCUUUGUUGAACGAGUGCUGAAGAUGCUAUUGAAGACUUAUGGACAGAGUGAUCAUGUUCACUUUCAGAGUGAUGACUUCUUUCCUUCCCAAGAAAAAGCAAAUGCCCCAGCCCCCAAAGCGGCUGCCAUCAAUGGAGGAAAAUGUUAUGCAAACCCAGCAGUAACACAGCCUAAUGGACAUCUCCAUUUUGAUAACACCAGUGUGGUUUCUCUCCAGGAAGCGAAAAUGGAACCAAGUUCUUCAUGUACCUGUUUAAACGGGCCCAAGCUGUCAGAAAUAGCCACCGUCGCCUGGAUGAUAACCAUCUGUGAUGCUGUCCACAACUUUAUUGAUGGUUUGGCCAUUGGUGCAUCAUGCACCCUAUCUCUUCUUCAGGGACUUAGCACCUCAAUAGCAAUCCUGUGUGAAGAGUUUCCUCAUGAAUUAGGGGACUUUGUGAUCCUCCUCAAUGCAGGAAUGAGUACUCGGCAAGCUUUGUUUUUCAACUUUCUUUCAGCAUGCUCCUGCUAUGUUGGGCUAGCCUUUGGCAUUUUGGUGGGCAACAACUUUGCCCCAAAUGCUAUUUUUGCAAUAGCUGGUGGCAUGUUUCUCUAUAUUUCUCUGGCAGACAUGUUCCCUGAGAUGAAUGAUAUGUUAAGAGAAAAAGUAACUGGAAGAAAAAAAGAUUUAACCUUCUUCCUUAUUCAGAAUGCUGGUCUGCUAACAGGAUUCACAGCUAUACUUCUCAUUACCCUAUUUGCUGGAGAAAUUGAGUUGGAGUAAUCUGAUGUCAAAGAUGGCAGAGUUAAUGAAGACAAUUAACCAAUAAAAAAAUAUGAAGAAUUCUUUUAGUCUGCAUGGGAGCUUUCAGUGGAUCUACUGAGUUAAAAGAUAACCUUGUUUUCUUUUGCAAGUCACAGAAAACCGGCUAUUGGUUUCAGGCCCCUGAAAGGGCUCAUCAACCAUGUUACAAAAAAUAAAUCCAAAAGUUGGGUUUUCUUUUUCUGUUAAAUGCAGCUUACCAUUUCCUUCAUUGGUAAAUAGUUAGUGUUGCAUAUUAUAUGUAACAGAACCACAGGACAGCUGAGCCCCAUGCAUUCCAUAUGACUUUUGGCAAAUAAGUCAUGAAGGUGAAGAAAAAUUAUUAAAGGUUUUCCAGUCCUUAAUCAUGCUGGAAUAUAGGAGCAAAAGCUCAUGUAGUUUCAGGGCAGGUUAAUUCUCAUUAAUUGGUUGCAGCGAUUUCAUGGCCAAGCCCAUCAAAACAUGGAAGAGAAUCAAAACUCUUUCAGCGUGCAUAUAUAAGUGAUGCUGAGGUCUUAAUUAUUAAUGGAAACAAGAAAGAGACAACUUUCAGCUUCUGAUCUGCUUUUUUAUGUGGUUUAAGGACUUGUAGAUCUAUUUUGAAAGCCCCUCUUAAAAAGAGAAAUCGUAUGAAAAGGCAGCUAGGUGGUGCAGUAGAUAAAGCACCAGCCCUGGAUUCAUGAGGACCUGAUUUCAAAUCUGGCCUCAGACACUUAACACUUACUAGCUGUGUGACCCUGGGCAAAUCAGUUAACACUUAUCGCCCCUCAAAAAAAAAAAAUUACAUUCUAAGCAUUCCAAAAAUUUAAUUAACCAUAUGUUCUCUGAAUUAUAUGAAUAUUUUGUACCAAAGGUCAGUUUCACUUAGAUUUGGGCUUGUUAGGCCAGAAGAUUUUAUUCUAAAUGCCUGGCAUUCACAAAUUUUAUUGUGGCUUAUGUUGUUACUGAGUGGCAGAUCAACAUUCAAGAAGAUGAAAAUGGUCUGUCAAUAUAUGAUAAACAUUUUUUCAUAGAGGGCUUGUUUGUUCAUGAAAAGAAACAGUAAAGUUUUAAGCAGUUCUAAAGAAGGGGCAAAUGUUGGUUCAGCAAGGUUUUUCCAAAUGCAUAAAAAACAGCUGGACUGAUGUAAGAAUGUGGUCACAGUUUACUUAUGGGAAACUACUUGAUCUUUAGAAAAUUGCCUGUUUUGUCAUCAAUUGAUAUUUUGCCUUUGUAGUUUAAGUACCUCAAUACAAAAUAACUCAGGUUAUUUUUCUACAGUGUGAUAAGGAUACAGAAGAGACCAAUCUAUCCCUUCAUUUGGGAAACAAUGCUCUUGGUGAAUUGGCCUAAAUGAUUUUAACUCUGUAUUUUGUAUGCGUGUAGGAUAAUUCACACUCCCAUGUCACCUUAAAAAAAGAUCGUCUUAAAAUGUGAAAAUUAUUAAGUUCUUGAAAUAAGUGGUGAUCUUUCCCCUCCAAUUGUAUAGUGUUUUUAUGCAAUAAAAUGGACUUGAUGAA